AUGACUUUCAUGAAUUCGACCAUCUCUGCUGCGGCAACCCUGCUCCCAUAUGCAGUUCCCCAAUUUCAUUCCAGUGGUACCGUUGAGUUAACUCCUGUGAAUCUCAACAUUGAUCCCUGGUCGAUAUUUGACAAAGCAUGGACAACUCUUGUGGGAUAUCCUGCACAGGAUUUCAGAUUCGAGGAGGGUUCGACCCCAAUUUCAACCACUAAAGCUGUUCUAUCGUGGAUUGCAACAUAUUAUGUGGUUAUCUUCGGCGGACGUGCCUUGAUGGCUAAUCGUCCCGCAUUCAAGCUUCACACAGCAUUCAUCAUUCACAACUUUUACCUCACAGCCAUCUCCGGUGCCCUCCUGGUCUUGUUCUUACAGCAAAUAGUACCUAGCAUUUGGAACAACGGCCUAUACGACAAUGUUUGUGGAGUUAGUGGCUGGACUAAACCACUCGUCGUCCUGUAUUACCUCAACUACCUGACAAAAUAUUUGGAGCUGCUGGAUACAGUCUUCCUUGUCCUGAAGAAGAAACCUCUCACUCUACUACACACCUACCACCAUGGUGCGACCGCUCUCUUAUGUUACACUCAACUCGUGGGCCAAACUUCUGUAUCUUGGGUCCCCAUCACACUCAAUCUGACGGUUCACGUCGUCAUGUAUUGGUACUACUACCAGUCCGCUCGUGGCGUCCGUGUAUGGUGGAAGCAGUACAUUACAAUGCUACAGAUUUCUCAAUUUGUUCUUGACCUCGGAUUUAUCUACUUCGCCUGUUACAACUAUGCUGUUAGCACAUACGCACCAUCGCUCCCUCACGUGGGCACUUGCGGUGAUCCAAAGCAGGAGCUUGCUGCUGCAACUGGCUGCGCCAUCAUUUCAUCAUAUCUUUUCCUAUUCAUUGGAUUUUAUCUGUCAACCUACAAGAAGCCAGCUGCUGCCAAAAAGGCUUUGAAGAAGGCUUCGAAAACUCAAGUACCUACACUUGAGGAAGCUUCUGAGAAGACUGUGGACGCCCUUCGUACAGCUGGGACCACGGUCGUAGAGACUCUCAGGGAUGAAAAAUGUUCAAUCUCGAUAUAA